AUGCCCCACAUUGUGUUAGUGUCUGUUUCACUGGGACUUCUGGGCAGGCCCUGGUUUCCAGGAGCCUCGGACACCAGUGAGGUUCGGGAGACUUCGUUCUGUGCCGGGCCGGUACCGGUGCUGCCAGGAGCUGCAGCUGAUGAAGAUUUUUCACCUCCAAAGUCAGAACUCCCCGAGUUGCUCCCGAUAGUCGCUGAAGUUGAGCUUCCUAUCCCAACCCGACCCAGGUACCGGGCGCCCCGGGCCAUCCCUGGGCCAUUCCCCGGCCCGCCCGCACCCCGCUCAUUUCCGGGUCGGUUCCGCCUCCAGCGCUCCCGGCUGCUCCGCUGGGCCGGCCCGGGCACUGCCGGUACCGGUGUCUCGUCUUCCCGUGGUCGGAUCGGCUCUUCUGUUUGCCCCUGCCCUGGGGGAAAAAGCUUUGAGAGGAUGGAGAAGCAGAGGGGAGCACUCGUGGGAUGCAUCCACUGGGAAGGAGGAGAGGAAGGGGAGGAGGAGGAGGAGGAGGAGGUGGCUCCUGGUGCUUCUCCCUCCUGCCAAGGGAGCCAAGUGGAAGCUGUGCAGGUGGAGAUGCUUGAGAAGGCAAGGGAGCUCUUCCAGCUGUGUGACAAGGAUGAGAAAGGUUUUAUCACCAAGGUGGACAUGCAGAGGCUCCAGACUGAGCUCCCCUUAACCCUUGAGCAGCUGGAAGCAGUUUUUGACAGUCUGGAACAGGACAAUAAUGGAUACCUGACACCUGUGGAGUUCAGCAUGGGGCUAGGAAAGUUAAUAGGGAUUGAACUGUGUCCAGAGGCCGGGAGAAUGGAUGGCUCCAGCCAUGAGGAGACCUUUGAGUCAGGCUGGGCAGAUGACCUGGACCCAGCAGAUGAUGAAGAGAAACGAUUCUGUGCCAUGCUGGAGCAGCUUGGAACAGCCCACAUGUUUGAAGAUCCACGUGAGAUCAGGGAGCUCUGGGCUCGGCUGCGGAAGGAGCGUCCGGAGCUCUUACCCAAUUUUGAGGAGUUUCUGUUGCGUGUUUCCUCGUACAUCAGGGAGAUGAAUCAUGAGAAGGAGUCCAUGGAGCAGGCAUUGAAGAGGAAGGAGACAGACCACGACCGAGAAGUCAGGUGUCUGUACGAGGAGAUGGAGCAGCAGCUCAAAGCAGAAAGGGAGAGGCUCAUCUGCCAGGAGGCAGUGAGACACGACAGGAGCAACCUGCUCCAGAGGGAGCUGCGCAGCAAAGAGCAGGAGCUGGAGAAAAUUCUUUACCACCAGAAGAAGCUGGAGCACCAGCUCCAGGCUCAGCACUCGGAGCAGCUGGAGACUCGGAUGCAGAACGAGAGGCUCAGGCUCCUGAAUGAGAACCUGCUGGAAGAGCUGGAGAAAAGCAAAUGGGAGCUGGAAGCACUGAAGGGGCAAUUACAAAAGCUCCAGAAAGAGGCCCAGCUUGAACAAGAGCAGAAGGAGAGGGAUGUGUUUAGAGUCUCCAAGAACAUGCAGAAGGAGAAACAAAGCCUCCUCCGGCAGCUGGAGCUGCUCAGAGAGAUGAACAAGAAGCUCCGGGAUGAGCGAGAUGCUUUUGAAGCCAAGAAGCUGGCACCUCAGAGCAAAAAGCCCCUGCUGAAGAAAGGGUCAGUGGUAGGCAGCUCCCUGCUGGAGGACAAGGCAGUGACACGACAACUAGCCCCAGCAGAGCUCCCCUUCACCUUCCUGGGGGAUGUGUCCGUGGAAGAACCCAACAGAAAGAGCUGUAAAUCCUUCCCAGGCCACGGGAUGUGGCUGAAGAUGGGAGAAGGAGGCAGCCCAGCCUUUGGAGAGAAGAGCACAGCCAAGGAGAGCUGGUCCUGGGCAGCAGAUGCUGAGUGGCUGAAGGUGACUUUGAAGGGUGAUGCUGACUGUACAAAAAGUGCAAAUGGAUUAGAGGAUGCUUUGUUGCUUCCUAGAGGACAGCCUGUUGGCACUAAAGCCAGGCUCCAGGCACUGGAACCAGCCAGCUCUUCCCCAGACCACCUCUUCAAAGUGGUGUUUGUAGGGAACUCUGGUGUUGGGAAGAGUUCCUUCAUCCACCGCUUCUGCUAUGGCAGGUUCUUGGCUGGGCUCAAUGCAACCAUAGGUAUGGAUUACCAGGUGAAGAGUCUGGUGGUGGAUAACAGCCAGGUUGCCUUGCAGCUCUGGGACACAGCUGGACAAGAAAGGUUCCGGAGCGUGAGCAAGCAGUACCUGCGGCAGGCGGAUGGGAUUCUGGUGAUGUAUGAUGUUACAGCUGAGGGCUCCUUCCUGGCAGUGAGGAGCUGGAUCAGCAGUGUCCAGGAAGGUGUUGAGGAUGGAUCUGUGGUCUUUCUGCUUGGAAAUAAAACGGAUGUUGCACAGAGAGAGACCCAGAAUGUGCCCAAAGUGGAGGGGGAAAGGCUGGCAAAGGAACACAGAGCUGUCUUCUACGAGUGCAGCGCGCUGAGCGGCUACAACAUCAUGGAGCCCAUGGUGCACAUGGUGAGGUUGCUGACAGCACGAGAAGCCAGGCAGAGGGAGAACACCCUGCAGCUGGAAGCUGUGAGCAGGAGGAAAGGGUGCUGCACGUAA